AUUGCGUAACAACGCCAAAAAGCAGUUACAUUUACCGGUUCAGCAUGAAGUUAGCUAUUCAUCCAUUGACAGCUGAUCCUACGGCAGCCUGGCAUGAAUUAUCUCAGCAUCAAAAAGUUGUAAAAAUAAAUACUAAAUUGCCGACGACUGAACCACCGAGCGACAAAUUGCGCGUAGUAUGUAUGAGUGACACACACUCGCUCACGCCGUUCAUAAAAUUUGACGUGCCCGCGGGAGACGUCUUCAUUCACGCCGGGGAUUUUACGAAAUGUGGUAGCUUGCAAGAGGUCAUAGAAUUUAAUAAUUGGAUAGGUAAUUUAACACACAAACACAAAAUAGUUAUAGCUGGGAACCAUGAACUUAGUUUUGAUCCUACAUUCACACAUCCAUUUUCCGUGCACACCAGUGGAGAUCAUCAGAAACAUACAGGAACUAGCAUACUUGAUGAUAUACCUACCUUGGGUAUGUCCAAGGAUACUCUCGCGGAAGCUAUUAAAACUACUAAUGUUAAAGAUUAUUUGACAAAUUGUAUAUAUCUUGAAGAUUCUGAGAUUAUAGUGAAUGGGAUUAAGAUAUAUGGUACUCCCUGGCAACCAGAGUUUUGUAAAUGGGCAUUUAAUGUGCCACGUGGAGAAGCGUGCCUCUCAAAGUGGGAAAUGAUUCCAUCUGACACAGAUAUCCUGGUAACACAUACUCCUCCUGUAGGUCAUGGGGACCUGUGCUGUACUGGAGUACGAGCUGGAUGCGUCGAAUUAUUGUCGACAGUGCAAAAUCGCGUAAAGCCCAAAUACCAUGUAUUUGGUCAUAUACACGAAGGAUAUGGCAUAUCUUCAGAUGGCAAGAUCAUAUAUAUUAAUGCAUCAACAUGUGAUAUAAAUUAUUUGCCAAGUAAUUCACCAAUAGUAUUUGAUAUAACACUACCUCCUGGUAUAAAAAAAUCAUAAAUCUUCAAACGAGAAUAACAUCAAUGAAUUUGUCAUGCUACUUCAGAAAGAUCUUUCUCACGAGCUUAAGAAAAAUCAUUAAGUGAUUGACGUAUAAAAUUAGAUAGUAAUCUCUUGCCUUAAUUUUUAAAUCAGGUGUGUAAGCAUUUCUAUUGUAUAAGUAUUAAUUAGCAUUUCUUUUUCACACGCGAUUUAUAAUGUCUCGAUAAUAAUAAAAAAUAUAAUCCAA